UACGUGGCAGCAUGCCUGUUCCCGAAGCUCUCGAUCUUGGCCUUGUAUCUCAGGGUCUUUACUGAACGUAUCGUGCGAAUGAUCACAUGGAUUGUUAGUGGGGUGUGCAUAGCUCACGUCGUUGCUAAUAUUCUUGCGUCAUUCACCAUAUGUCAAUCUUUCGAGUUCAAAUGGAACAAGACAAUCGAUGGACAUUGUGCCGAUGUUAUGGCGAGUUAUCGCUACGUCAGUCUGCCACAUAUUGUCACCGACAUCGCAAUCUUUGUUCUGCCCGUAUCGAGUUUGUACCAUCUGGUGAUUGGAAAGCGAAGGAAAGUGGGUAUAAUUUCUAACCUUUAUGAUGGGAAGCUUGUAAGUUCUCGGGGUAUCGUAACCGCCAUCAUUCGUUUCGUGAGCUUCUACAAGAUUGACCUGGAAUCUGAUCCGACCUGGUACGCACCGAAUCUGUUCUCGUAUACGAUCGUCGAACCAAGCGCAUAUCUCAUGUGCUCCUGUUGCCCGUCUCUUCGACCCCUCUUGAGAAUCGUC